GUACUUAUCUUAUCAGAGCCGGCCCAGGCGCGCACUGGAAAUGAAGAGCGAAUUGAGCGAUGAGUGAUCGCACUAUUGGGAAGGACUUCGUAGGUCGUAGCAAUGGGCUUGAGUAGAAUAAGUAUAGAAGUUCUAUAUCAAGCGGAAAUGCAUUUGCAUGUUUGUACGUCAAAGUCGUUAAGGGUGCUCGUCGUUGUCUGAAGUGGGGGUAAACCUAAACCAGGGUUUCUCAUGAUAGUCUUGCACUUUACGAAAAUUUGAAUUUCGACAUCUUCGACAGGGAAUUCCACACAACAAACUACCUACAUGUCAUCAAUACGAUCAUCACCCACCACCUGUAUUUACUCUCAGACAAAAAUAGAAAUCACCAAGAGGCUAGCUACGCUAGGGGCGAAGUACAGAUUGCUGCGAAGAGAAUUCCUUUUUGCUCUUGGUUAAUCAGGAGAAGAUAUAUGGGGACACCGUGCGAUCGGUUCCGCCUCGAUGCCGGUUGAGGCACUGAGUGCGAGUCCCUCACUUCUGCUUCGCACAGACGACUCGCACCACACGGGGCUUCCUCCGUGAUUAGCUGCGCUGCAGCUCCGACGACCCCACGGACUAGCCUACGGCAUUGCUGCUGUGACGUCGCAACAGAGACGGACGAGAAUCUGUGAUCUUCCAGCUAUUACGCGAGGAAAUAGAAGGAGUCAUCUCUUCUCUGGCCAGUUUGUACUAGCUGAUCGAGCGGUCGUUUCGCAGAACUUGCUAGCUUCAGCCAGCCAAUUGAGCAGUAAAAAGGGACUUCAUCCGACGUAGCUGCUUACGUGACGAGACAGCGAAGAAGAAGAAGAUCGCACCGCGUGCCCACGAUCAUCGCUGGGCUAAAGCGCGCCGUGGGUCAUCUAAUACCUAGUCGAAAAGCAGUCGCGACGUGUGACGCGCUCCCUAGAAGUGGUCGAAUAUACGCAACCAGCCGGAGUUGUACCGCUUGACGUACGACUGCAGAUCAUUUUCUCCGGCUCUUUUUGGCGAUCUACGCAGCCGCUCGUCGUUUCGCGAGCAGUAUCAUCGCCGAAGCCGUCGACACUAUCGAAUUCCAGAAUAGCACUGGAAUUUCCGUUUCAGUCCACGAAACAGUGACGCUUUCAUUCAAGUAGCACAAGGAAGCUGCUUUGUCUGAAAGAAGUGUCGUGAUUAGCGUCCAAACGACCGCGCUUUUCCUCCUUGUCAUCUUGAUCAAGGAAACACCCUAGCAAGAUGGGGGACCAGCAACCGGACGUGCACAUGGGGUCGCACCUCGACCAAAUGAGGGCCGUCGAGCAGACGGAGAACCUCCAGGACUUCCGUCGCGAGCGGGAGGGGCACCUCAUGAUUCGCGACGAUCAGCCCUUUCUGGUCAUGUCUUUCGGGAUGAAAUACCAAGGGGUACUGCGAAAUAUCUUGUGGUUUGAAUUCUCGACAUGAUACAGAGUUGUGUAGGACAAGGACUGGAGAAGUACAAAAGGGCGCAAUGAUAUUGUUAUGUAGUUCGUUUUUCCGAGACAGGCUGUAGAACGGUGAGCAAAAAAAUGAGGAAAAAUGUUGACACACAAGGUACACGGAAGCAAGUACAAAAUCGAAGGCAAGUACCACAUACCAGUGGGCUACAAAGCAAUAAUAAAAUGGGACGAGGACGAAAUCGUCUUUAUGACGAGGGAAGGUAGGCAGCAUUUUAUUUGCUGGAAAAGGCAUGAAUGACAACGAUUGCGAUCUGUCAGUUUAACUCGGGUAGUCCUUCGCAUCUUUUUCGAAACAACAUACGCAGGAUCAUUCGGCCCGGAAUUUCAGAUAAUUUACCUUCCAAAAUCCGCCGUGGCCGAAGAUUUUACGCUCUUCGAGUGGAAUCCAAACAUCGCAGAAAUUUGGGAUCAGCUCCUCACGGUACUGGUGCAAUUGUUGUCGUGUAGUGGCGUUGUGUCAUACAUCCUUGCGUGCAAAACCAAAUCAUGAGAUGUACAUAAACAAAGUUCUCAUGACACCAAUCCCCGUUGUCUCCCCAUCUUUGAUGAAAUAAAUCAGGUUUUGGAAACCCAAGACAAGGACAUGGGUAUGUUUGCAGCGGGGCCGUGGCAGACUUUCGGUGUGACAGAGGAUACCGUGCAAAUUGCAGUUGCGCAGAACGUGGAUCAGAAAACCGUAGUCGACGGUAACAAUUUCAUGCGUCUUUUUGUUGCACAUGCACCGACCCACCAGGCUCUGACGAAAAUAUUUAUCAACCCGCCAAAGGGAGAGGGGCCAAAAAAUUUUUUUGCGCGAAACCACAGGUAUUUUGUAUUGCGCCAACGGAACCCAGCCAACACUUGAGGAAUGCGAGCGAUACCUCGGUUUUAACUACGACACUGACGAACCCUACAGUUGGGUGGUACACGAAUUUAUGAACGAGCCGCUGCCUUCGGAUUACUACCAGUACUGCAGUAACGGAAUGUUCUACUGGGUCGACGGGAGAACGCAGGAGUCGACCUGGAAACACCCACACUACGACAAGUACAACUGGUUUUUUCCUAGAAUGAAGAAGUUUAUAUGCAGUAGGUCGUGGACAUUCAUCUUUAUCUUAGGCGAGAAAUAACGAGGACAGCUUCCAGCACCACUUCAAUACCGGUUUUUCUGCAUAGGCGAGUCAAUUUGCGCUCCCAGAGACUGCAAAAAAUUCAACACAAAACAGGUACAAGCAAAUGCUGCAAGUGUGCCGGAAGCAGAAGACCCUGCCGCACUGGAAGGCGAUCAUGGCGUUUCAAAUCGAGUUUCUCUUCUCGACCCUUUUUACGUGGGAGGCAGAAGUCAGCGGAGUGUAUUGUGAUUUUUCAUGCAUAUUGAUUGUGCGCAUCGGUUUCGGUAUGUAUCCCUAUGAUCAAGGCGUAGAACUUCGUCAUGCAUUCUUUUUCCUGCGCAGAGGCAGACGCAAACCCACAAUCAAUCUGAAUUUCAAUAUUCACUUGCAUGCAGUCAAGCGUAACAACCGCAGGAAAUUACUUGCUUUCAUCUCAGGUACCCGAAAGAGGAGACCGUCGAGAACGUCCUCGAGAUGGCACGAAUUUUCAAAAUCGACAUCAAAAACGAGCCCUACCUCGUGCACGUGCUGAAGCGGGCAUUGCGGCACUAUGCGGUGGUGGUCAAAGAGAAGCGCGCCGUGCAGGACGUGGAGGACUUUCGAAACUUGAUGCAGAGGUAUCGAGACAUCGUGGGCAACUACGAGCGCGCAAAGGCCGCUCAGGAACAGCAAACCCGAGCCGUCAUGCAGUGCGUAGAGUGCGCCCCAAGCGCGAACCCGCGAGAUGCCGUCCUGUAUUUGAUAAUCUUUUUGUGUUGUGGAAGUAAGAGCGCUAUAGAAGACAUUUGAAAUUCUGUUUUGAUACAUGAGUCAGUAUGUUGAAGCCGUGCUGCUCAAUGUCGAGAAAGAAUCAACUUAGAGAGUAAUCGUUCUUACAAGAACAUAAUCAAAACAAACAAAACUAAGGUAUUGCGAUCACUGCCGAGAUUUGUUUUGCCAGCAGUGCUUUGACCGAUUGCACAGCAAGGGCAGGAGAAAACACCAUCGUAGAACUUGGGUCGAGCUGGGUACCUGUGCGGAGUGCGAAGAGGCACUUGCUGUUUACCACUGCGUGCAAUGCCAAGGUAUUUCCAUUUUUUGUUUUUCAUGAUAGUGGUUUUUCCCGUUCUUACUUUUUUUAGUCACGAGUUGCCGGGCACACACAGCAACGCUGGCAGUAGACAUGGGAUACAAACGAAAAUGCAAAAAACAGACGCGUAUUGCGGAGAAUGCUUCCAGGAGUGGCAUCAACGCGGUGGGAGGAGAAAUCACGUUCCGAUUAUCCUCCGUUCCUUUUCAACACAAACGCAUAAGGUACAACUUGUUUGAACUUUCUUGUUCUGAAACUUUAUUUUCGCAGCAGCUAAUAGUUGUGCUUGUGCCGCAUUUUUUUUCUCAUUGUCAUUCGUUGUCCACCUCCACGUCCAUCUCCACUUCCGCAUGUACUUGAAUUUUUCAUGUCAACGCGUACAGGUACCGGCUAUCAGCACGUUCGAUUUCGGAAACAUUUCCGCCGCGGCAGUGACAUUGGGAGGGGGCGCAGCGCACAACCUGGCCCGGGCGCUGUCACCGUGGAUUGCGUUCGACGACGAGAGUGACAUCCGGGUGUACUACAACGUGCAGACUGACGAGAGAAGGCGCGACCUGCCGCUCGCUCUUCUGAACGAACCUCUGGAGGACGGCAUCGGCGGCGGUGUCAGCUGCGGGUGGGCUGGUAGUUGGGGCAGCGAAAUGUUCCCCACCGACACCGGGAAAUAGAAGUCGAAGGCAGAGAAUGUUACUUGCCCCUCCUUCACUCAAAAAGUACAAAUGAUCCGCUCUAGAGUAUGUUCUUGAGAACCUAAGAAUACAGUUUUCAUAAUACAGUUUUCAUUUCUGGAGGAGAAGAACUUGUCAUCGGUUUUGUAGUCCCAACCAUCCUCCUCGCGGCGAUUCUCGCCGAGAAUACAGUUAUUUGCAUCGUGUAAAUGUCAGUGGUUUAUUGCUUAAGAAUACAGAAAAAACGCCUAGUUUUAUGUUUAACACUAUAUCGCAAAAAAUGAAGAUGAUUUGGUUUACUAUGGUUUACUAUGCAACAAGUGCAUGAGACUUCAUUUUCUCAUGCACUGUGAGGGGGCACGGAAAGUGAUACCGAUGCAGAAGAAAGUUCUUGAGAAAACCUUCAACCCUCGUCACGGUUCUUUAUUUUCACUAUUUGCAUUUGAUACCAGAAUUCAGAAUUUAAAUUUAUACUAUUCAGCAGGCCUGCUUGCAGGCUUGACCUUGUGGUCGGGAGAGGAGCUGUACAACAAGAGAUGACUCGCUUCGGCUGUUGACGUACCGUAAAUGUAGAGCUUGUGCCCUCAACACCGUUCAGAAGCGAUUCUUUCCUCUGCCUGCUUCAGGCUACUUAACAGAAGUACCUACGUCUCUCCAUAAAAUGCUGUAUAUUUACAACUGAGGAAAUGCACUUGUAGAUGUAGAGCUUUAGAUUUGAUGUCCUUGCCACAAUGAAAUCGCAAAAUGAAACAGCGCGAGUACGUUUGGACAGGAACACGAACUACAUGAUGAAGUCCUCCGCGAAUAUACUCUACAAAAGCAUAACAAAAAUGAAAGCCCUAAUCGAUCACGCACUACAGGAAUGUCAGGCGAGGGUCCAGUGGGUUGGUUUGUUUUUCGCUGCCAGUAUGGUCUCUUGACUUGGAGUGCACGAGAGCGAGACGCACCAGUGUCGUCGAGGAGAUGAUUCAGUCGUGAAUUCACACGAGUUCAUGAGUCGAUUGGGUUUUCCUUUUCUUAUGAUGAAGUCAAGCAGGAGACGAGUCAGAGAGCAGCUCGCGUAGUUGUGAAUGGUAGAGCAGCGAACAAGAAUUAUGAACAGAGAGAUGAGACAUGACAGACAAGCCUUGCGUUCUUGCAUAAUUAUCUUCAGUCAUUAGGUCAUCAUUUGAACGUAUGCUGACGUCGGCGCAACACGAUUGCGUCUGCUGCCGGGGUCUUACCGACUUGCGUUUGCGUCUGUUGCCGGUUCCAGAUGCGGGACGACGCUAUCUCUUUGCAGCCAAGAGUAUCGCUUUUCCCAGACGAUCCGUGCGUGAGCUUUUACAAGGAUGAGGAGCAGGACAACCUGAGUCCGGACUUGGUUUGCAUAGAUUUCGGCCAAUGUAUUUCCCCGACCCCCUUGUUGUGCCGGGACGUAGCCGAUAUUGCAGCGUGGGCAAGGGAGAACUUCGGCGAUGACUACUUGGCGUUCCAUUUGCGGAGAAUUCGGCUAGCAAAGCCAAGUUUGCGGCCGCCGGAGUAUCAGGCUCACCAUUCGGCGCUUCGAGUGUUGCGGCCAGCGGCCACACGGCUCGGGCGCCGCGGCCCCGCCCUUGGCCGGCGCCCGGCCCUUCCCCGGCUGCCUCAGUGCGUGCCUUCGUGCGGCAGGCGCGCGCUGGCCACACGAGUG